AUGAUUGCCAACCAAUGGUUGCGGACAUUGACUGCAUUGAGACCAUUGCGGACGACAUGUGCGCUGACAUACCGGGCCAUCAAUACGGGAAGCACUCACAAGCGGGUCGUCACUCAAGAGCUGAUCAAAGACGAGCAGUCGGCCACCCAUUUGGCUCAAGUGAACCAACUGUUCAAUCGGGUCAACGGACACAUCGUCGACGCCAACUGUGGCCAACACUUCGCUGUCAUCCACUUCUUCGGCAAACAGUUCCUCAUUCAUAACAAUGACAUGAUUUGCGUCCGAAACUCAUUUGCGGCCAAAGCGGGCGAAACCAUAAAACUCGAGAAAUGUCUGGCCGUCGGCAACAACUCGUUCACACUCUUGGGUCGACCCCUUCUGUCCAGGGAUUUGGUGCACAUCGAGGCCACAGUUGUGGAGAAGUCGAUGACCAACACCUACUUCAAUGUCUACGCCAUACCCCGUAACCAUCAGUACAGGCGCUGGCGGUUCCAGAGGUUUCCGUUGACUCUAUUGCGUAUAAAUCACAUCAAUAUCUGUCAUCCACUCAAUCAGACACAACAUGUCGUCAAUUAA